AUGAUUAUUUUAAAUAAUUUAUAAAAUAUAUUAUAAAUUUAAAAAGAUGCUAUUUAUAUAUGUUGCUAUCUUAUCUGUUAAUAAUAAUAAUCUAAAAAUAGAAAGUUAUUAGUAUAUUUGAAAAUUAAUUAAGAUAUCUUCUUGAUUUUUAGCCAAUUUCUAUUGAUAGGCAGUUUUGCUCUAAUUUCUUUUAUUAUUAAGCUGAUUCUCCUCUUUAUAUAGAAGAAACAAAGUGGUUUUGAUAUAUAUAAAUUUUACAUCUCUAUAAAAACCUCUGUUUUUAGUAAAAAAGCAAACCCCUCAGCCUACUUUAAGUAAGUCAGUACCCCAGUUAACAACCCCAGUCGCAUAGCGAAAGUGAAUAGCAAAAUGUCUAAGAAAGUUCAAAACGAAUUAAUCGAAACUAUCUCAAUCAAAGUAUCCAAAGAAUGCUAAAUUCAAAGAUCAGCAAUAAAGGAAUUAGUCAAGUUGAUGUUCAGCUAGAAAAAAUACUUCAAAAAUUUUGAGUACUUAAGCAGUGGCGCUUAUGCUCUUCUCUUAAAGGCUUAGAAUUCUUAACAGAAUCGCCAAGUAGCUCUCAAAUUCAUAGGGAGCUCAAACCAAGAGGACAAGAAUGGAAUUGAAUCUUUGAAAAAGGAGUAUGAAAUGCUUCAAAAGUUUAGCCAAUCAGAAUUUUUAGUAAAUGUAUAUGAUUGCUUCUAUUUAAUGGAAGAAAAAGAAGAUGAAGAUGCUGAUGGAAACGAUAUUAUCGUUUAAACUGAAGUAAAAUCCUUCUUUGUAAUGGAAAUGGAGCUUUGCGAGAAUAAUCUCAAAUAGCUCUUUGAUUACCUCAGAAAAUAACAAGUUCCACCUUCGAAAGAGAUGAAGGAAAUAAUAGCCAUUCAAAUGAUUGAAGGGCUGAACAACCUUCAUGUCAAAAAUAUUAUGCACAGGGAUAUUAAACCUUAAAAUUUCCUUGUUUGUCCUUCAAAGCAAUAUGGUUUCUCAAUCAAACUUUGUGAUCUUGGAUUUGCAUCAGCUGUGUCUAAAUCAAAAAGCUUCAUGUCUAAGAAAGGAACUGAUGCAUAUUUUGCUCCAGAAGUGGAAGCAGGAUAAUCUAGAAUUCAGUCAGACCUCUUUUCACUAGGACUCGUUUUAUUAGAGCUUGACAAUCUCAAGACUCUAAAUGAGAAUUGGAUAGAUACUAAAACAAAAAAUCAUCUAUUCAACGGAGAAGAAAUACCUAAAGAAAAAUAUUAGAUAGAUAAGAAUUCUAAUAUAUACAAAGUUGCUAAAAUAUGCUUAAAACCUUGGUAUUUAGAUAGGACUACAGCAGGAGAAUUACUAUCCAAGCUCAUCUAAAUGCAUGGUUAACCAUUGAAAUUUGUAUUGACUUCUAUGAUACUAGAGGAAUAAAUACCUAGAUAGGCACAGUAAAUAUUUGAAAAAAUUAAUCAAUUGUAAAAACAAAUGCAUAAUUAAUUCGACGAGUAUGCUAAGUUUAUUCUAGAGAAUACCAAUAACAAAAUUAUAGAAAAAGAUUUUCAAGCACAAUUUACAAAAGUGGAAGUGUUAUCUAAUCUGCUGAAAAGUCUCUAUGAAAAUAAAAAAUAUACGAAUAAUUUUCAAAUUCUAAGCUUUGGAAGCUUUGGAAUGGUAUUAGCUACUAAAAAAGCUAAACUUGAUAAAAAAGAAAUAGUGUUAAAAAUACAAAAAAUAGAAGAUGAAUAAUAAAUCAAAAAUGAAAUUAGUAUUAUGUAGAAAUUAAAAGAACCACUAGUGGUAUAGCUUUAUGAUAGCUAUAUAAUAGAAAAUAAAAUAGGACCUGAUAGAUACUCAGUCUUUGAAUUAGAAAAAUGUUCAUGUUCAUUAGAUGAAUAUCUUGAUAGAUAAAACAAAGAUGGAUAAUUUAAUGAUGAUGAUAAAUAUUAAAUAGCAAUCUAAAUUAUAGAUUCUGUCAAUUAUAUUCAUUCAUUUAAUAUCAUUCAUAGAGAUAUUAAACCAGAAAAUUUUUUGGUUUAUUUAGAUGGAAAAUAACCAGAAAUAAAAUUGUGUGAUUUCGGCUUAUCUGCUUAGAUUCCAGAUAAUAAAGAUUCAAUUCAAGCUAUAGAAAGCAUAGGUAAUUUAGGAUAUUCGGCACCUGAAAUACUAAAUAAAUAGGAUAAUGAACUUAAGAUUUAUUCAAAGAAAUCUGAUUCAUAUUCAGUAGGAUUAUUACUAGCUUUCUUAGAUAAUUAUUAAGAUCUGAAGAAAAAUGCACCUUUUACUUUCUUAUUAAUGACAAAAAAGCAGUUAGAUAAGCCUUUCGAAAAAUCUAAGAUUAAAAUUAACAAAAAUUCAGAAAUUUAUAAAUUUAUUAACCUUCUUGUUGUUUCUGAUAGUGGUUAGAGGGCAUCUCUGUAUGAUAUUGUUCAAUAAAGCGAUAUAAACUUCUUUUCUAAUUCAAAAGAAAUGAAAUAAAUUGUACAAAAAACUCUUUUGAUACAAAAUGAUAAAAAAAUAGAGUAAAAUACGACUAUAAAAAUUUUUUCUUUAGAGGAUUUGAGCAAAGUUUAAAAUUAAAAUAUUGUCGAGAUAUAUUUAAGGAACAAAAAUAUUCAAGAUGAAUAACUUAAAUAAAUAGCUGGUGCUUUAGAAAAGUGUUAGAAUAUUUCAAGUCUACUUUUAGGUUUAAGUGAGAAUAAUUUUAAAUUAGAAGGUGUUUAAUAUAUUGCUACAUCUUUACAAAAAUGUCAUCAAAUGAAUAAUUUAACACUAUAUUUAAGGUAAAAUAAUUUAAAUGAAGAGGCAGCAAAAUAUCUAGCACUAUUAUUAGAAAAAUCUUAAAAUCUUACAUAUUUAGAUUUAAAUCUUAGUGACAAUAAUUUAAAAUUAGAAGGUGCUAAAUAUAUUGCUACAUCUUUAGAAAAACUUCAUAAAAUGAACAGUCUAAAGCUAUAUCUGAAGAAUAAUAGUUUAAAUUUAGAAGCAGUUCAAUAGAUUACAUAAUCAUUAUAAAACUAUUAGAAUCUUACUCAGUUAACUCUUUAUCUUAG